AUGCCGACUGACCGCGCCGGGUAUACCGUCACGAUGUUUGUCGUGGACGUGUCUCCAUCCAUGGAGACUAUGCGGACGGUAUUCCUCGAGCCUGCGGAAGACGGAACCGAAAGAACCAAAGAGGUGACUCAUUUAGAAUGGUCACUACAGUAUGUGAUGCUCAAGGUUCAGGAAAUGAUACACAAUGGACGCAAAACAGACCAGUGUGGUGUUAUCUUGUUUGGGACAGAAGGUUAUAAACAACGCUACUCUUACCCAAAAACAUUCUCAUACGGUAUCCCAAAUCUAGAAACCAAUAACGUCGUGGAAGAUGCACAUCCCGGGGAAGGAUACACAAAUAUUAUCGAGUACAUUCCGAUUGCUCACCCCACACCUGCCACAUUAAGCAAGAUAGCGGCAAUUUCCCCGUCUACUCAUUUUGGUGACCCCAUCAACGGGAUUAUCGUAGCAAUCCAAACACAGUCUGAAUACCUCGUCAGGAAACCCAGUUGGACACGACGAAUGGUGCUUGUAACGGAUGGAGAAACGCCGCUGGAAAUCGAAGACUGGGAUGCUACAGUCGACAAAAUCAACGAACUUGCCAUCAAUACAACGAUUGUUGGCGUCGACUUCGAUGAUGAAGACUUCCCCUUUGUCGAGCCUGACAAGUCACCGAUUAAGCGAGUCAACGAGAACUUCUGGGCUCAAUUCAUUGAGCGUGUCGAGAAUGGCCAAAUGGGAACUUGUGCAUACGCCCUUCAUGAAACCUCUCGGCCUGAACCCAGGCCCACAAAGUCGGCCAUGAGCAACAAUAUAUUCCGCAUUGGAGAUCCUGAAUCGGCACAGGAGCAGGCCAUUGAAAUUGCUGUCAAGACGAGCAAGGCCACUGCUUUGGUUCGACCACACUCCAUGAAGAAAUUUACCAAGAGAGAAGUGCAAUAUGCCGAGCUCAAAAGACGGACCGAAUUUAUUGUAAGGUUGCCAAAAAGCGGUAACAAAGAAGAGGGCGAAGAUGAUGAGGAAGGGGAGGAAGGAAAGCAAGAGUUCCAGGAAGAAUCAGUAGACGGAGAAACCCUCGUCAAGGCCUUUAAAUAUGGUUCCACUUGGGUCCCCUGUGAAGAAGGUCAUUUCGAAGGGCUACACACACGGAAGGGAAUCGAAUACCGAAGGCAUUUCAGCAUGGGUGAAGUCCAGUACAUAUACGCGGAUGUCGGCUCUUCCCGCGCGCAAGUUGCAUUCUCCAGUAUCGUGCAUGCAAUGUUCAAACAGGGUCUCAUGGCACUUGUGCGCUGGGUCAAUCGCGAUGAUUCUGACCCAAAGAUGGGUGUAUGCAAGGCCGAGCCAGGAGAGGUAGAUUAUAUGAUGUGGGUGCAGGUUCCUUUUGCCGAAGAUAUUAGACACUAUAGCUUUCCUUCACUGGAACGAUAUGUAUCAAAGAAAGGCGAGCUAUUGACAGAGCAUCCCUACAUUCCAACAGACGAUAUGAGGGCCGCCAUGGACAGUUGGGUGGAUGGCAUGGAUCUUACAGACGCGGGUCCCAAAGAUGAGAACGGUGUCCGAACAGAGUGGUUCGAUCUCACACAGUCGUUCAACCCUGCCGUUCAUCGUAUCAAACAAGCACUCUUCCAUGGAGCUGUCGUUCCUGACCUCAAAGCCGAACCAGUCCCCCCUCCUCAUCCCGAAGUCACGAAGUAUAUGGACUCACCAAAGCGAGUGCUCAGGCGUUCGAAAUUAGACUUGGAAGAGUGUAUACAAUUAUUCAACGUUAAAGAAGUUCCUCCAAAGAUACCGAGGAAGAAAGAGCAGAAAGCCAUCCCGGUAGCCACCGAUAACAUCGACGUGGAUAUAGAGGAUAUUCUUGGCCCAGCUGUCACCAAAUCAACACCUGCACCAACUCAGGCUCAACCCAGGUCUAAACGUGCAACUGCUCCCGAAAAACAGCCUUCUCGAAAACCCGAUCGGUCACUACCGUCUCCUACGCCUUCCUUUGCAGAGCUACCAAGUGCCUUUCAUUCCACUCCCAAGCCCGAUGCUAGGCCCAACCCGAACAGAAUCAUUAGCAAUUCACGCCCACUUGCAGACUUCAAAAAGAAUAUCGAGGCUCAGGGAGAUCUCGUUAGCAAAGCUGUCGAAGACAUGUGUGCAGUCAUACCCGAGAUUGUGGGAUCUUCUUUUAGCACGCAGAGGUAUGGUGAAGCUCUGGAAUGUAUGCAAGCUCUCCGGGAAGUGGCACUUAAAGAAGACGAAAUCGACGCUUGGAAUGGUUUUUUACGGAAGUUAAAGGCAUUAUGCAAGUCCCCUACAUCCCGGAAUAAGGAUUUUUGGCAACAUGUUCAAAAAAUUGGGCGUGAAAUAAGCCUAAUCAGCGACACCGAGGCAGAAGAAAACGAAGGAAUGAGCGACGUGACAGAUCGAGCUGCAGCUCAAUACCUCCCUGAAUAG